GGCACUUGAAUUCCCAGCUCCCACCUGGGGCGGAGACCAGAGCAAUUAGCAGCUGCCAACCAGCUGCUAUCCAGGCUGCUCAUGAGAUAAAUUGCAGGGAGGUGAGCUGGGUCUAAGGAGCAGGGUCAGUGGUGUUGUGGGUGGAGCUGCCUGUGCCCAAGGCUGUGGGCUUGUGUGUUCUGCUAUGGAGCCUCAAAUGGGUAAGGGGUCUGCAAGCACUGCAGGGUCCUGCAGAGCUGGGUCUCUGGUGAGUCUCAGCUUGGGCUCUAGGGCUCACUUUGGGUUCUGGUGGGGCUGGGUCUCUGGGGCUUGGUUUGAGCUCUAGUGGCCACAGUCCCUGUGAGUCUGUAGGGAUGAGUAGAGUUAUGGCUGCUCAGCUUCUGGGGGCUUUGCAGCCCUUGGAGGUGUGAGUGUCUUGGGGUUGGACCCCAGUCUCAAAUGGUGCCUCUUUCAGCCCAACUCACAGGUCCACUGGUCCUGGGCGGUGUGGCCCGGCGCCCUUCAACCCUGCAGAUGGUCAAAGAGGCGCUGCAGGCCCAAGAUGAGAAGAAGGGCGCCUCUGUCUUCACCAUCAAGCAAUUCAUCCUGGCCAAGUACCCCAUGGAGGAUCCUAUCCGGCUCAAGUACCUGCUGAAGCAGGCGCUGAGCAAGGGGCUGAGCUGUGGGGAGCUGGUACGGCCCCACAACUCCUCUGCUGUGGGGGCCACCGGCACCUUCAUGUUAGCACCCAAGGAGCCACAGCACAAGCAGCAUCUGGGCCAGGCAAAUCCUGACAGAGGACAGGCCCUGAAGCCAGGACAGGAAGGGACCACCAAGGACCCCUGUGCCCCUGUGGCUGGUGCACAACGACGAGGUACCACGAAGCAGCAGCUGACAGCCAUGAAGCAGAAGCCAAAAGCAAAGCCCAUGGAUGCCCAGCCACGAGCUGCAGUGAAGCCUGGGAGCGAUGGAGCAAAGCCCCCACGAGCUGCCAACCACCCCCAGGCCCCUGGCACAGGGUGUUCAAGGCCCCCACGAGCUGCUGACCAUCCCCAGGCACUUGGCAAAGGGUGCUCAAGGCCCUGUGGGGCUGAGGCUGCAGGAAGGAGCAAAAGCGACAGCUCUGUGGGUGCUGGGACAAAGGGGCCCCAAAAGGUCCCUGGGGGAAAGAGCAAGGGGAAGGUGCUCAAGGGGGCACAGCAGGGUCCCCCCAAGGCACAGAGGGGUCAAGGCCAGGCAAGGAAGCCCCGGGUGACCCCAGGAGCCAGGCAGGGGGAAGCCAGGCUGCAGAAGGCAGCAUCCCCUGGAGAGGACAGAACAGCUCUGUCGGGGGACCCAGACAGUCUCACUUAGCCCUGCUUCAGCUGGCCCCAGGCCCUUAGGGUCUGGGCUGCUUUUAGUCCCCAGGACAGGUUUUAACUCUGUGUUUACUUCUGCUAAUAAAGCUUCUUUACUCACCUCAUAGAAUGGCCUGACUGCUACCCUGGUUGUGGGCCCCUGCCCCUGGGCUCCCAUUUCCCAGCCCUGGCCUCAUACUGCAUGGCAUGGUAGUGAGUUGAUACUGCAGGCAGCUGCCUCUCUGCCUGCCCUCAUGGAGAGGUGCCCUGUCUGUCCCCGUGUCCCCAGCUGUGGUGCCAGGGGUAUGCUGGGCUUUGGGGGCUGUGUGUGUCUGCAGGCUGGCAGUGAUGGCCUGGGCAGGGGCCCUGGGACCCAUGGGACACAGCAUGGUGGC